AUGGGCCCCACGCUCGGCAACGCUGGUCUUCCUUCUCCCCUAUUGUACAACCGCAAGAAUACGCCUCAUGCUAGACGGUGCUCGGUCCUGGCGCCAAGAAUCUUGGAACAGGCAUCGGCAAGGACACCGCGCGGCACCCAAGAUGUACAGCCCCCGCGAUCGAGAGAACCGGUUCACCGAGACGCCUCAAAGAGUGCACCGAGCAUCCUCUUCGUCCGCGAUCAUGAUCUUGGUCGCAGAAGGCAAUGGGAGCCCUCCCGAUCUUCCCCAGCCAGCCGUGACCAAGCUGAGGAUCCUCCGGAACAGAGCCCCAGACUAAUGCAGCCCAAGCAGCAGCUGGUCGCUAGUGGUGGCAGCCCCAGCCAAUGGACUGGGGUGCUUGUGAACAGGGAGGGCAGUAAGACGGGUUAUUGA